UUCUCGUCUCAUCUCGUCUCGUCUCUUGUCCUCUCGUCUCUUGUCUUCUCGUCUCUUGUCUUCUCGUCUCUUGUCUUCUCUUCUCGUCUCAUCUUGUCUCUUCUCUUGUCUUCUCGUCUCAUCUCGUCUCGUCUCUUGUCCUCUCGUCUCUUGUCUUCUCGUCUCUUGUCUUCUCGUCUCUUGUCUUCUCUUCUCGUCUCAUCUUGUCUCGUCUCUUGUCUUCUCGUCUCUUGUCGUGAGUUUAAAUCUCCGGCUGGUUUCAAAGUGAGCGUCUCGUCUCUGACUGUAAUUGAUCCUGGUGAGCGGCGCUCGGAGUCCCAGCGGCGGUGGAUGAUUGACAGCUCUAUUUUUAAGUCAUUGUUGACAACAGGAAGUGCGGGGGGGAAGGAAAUGGAAGCUGACGGCUGCUGAUGCGAUGGUGGACGGUUUGUCUCCCCUGCAGAGACAAGACGCUGUCUCACUCAGCCUCUGAGCAAAUGCACCAGAAUCAUGAGGUCAGAGGGUCGUUACCUGGACCCGCCCACAGACCUGAGGUCAGAGGGUCGUUACCUGGACCCGCCCACAGACCUGAGGUCAGAGGGUCAGAACUGAGUCCUGAUCCAGAUGGUGUGGUCCGUCCUCAGGUCCCGGUUGUCUCAUGAUGCUGGGACCAGGUCAGGGUCUGAUGAGGAUCAGUGAAGUGGGGAAUAGUGAGUGACUUAUGACGGAGUCUCCAAAAUGGCGAUGAUCCAUGAUGCUGCUGCGCAUGUGUGGUCUCUGGAGAGGCGUGGCUCCAGUGACGCAUCAGGAAGUGAUUCUCACGUGCGUCGGACUGUUCGGUGUGUGGAUGAUGUCAUCACUAGACGACCAGCUGUGUCUGAACAUCAGCAGCAGUUUUCCCUCGGCUCCGUCUGGCAGGAGGAAACCUCUGAGCACUCAGCAGCGAUGGGCCAGAAAGAAGCAGCGAGCGGAGGAGAGGAAGUUAAGCUCCGCCCCAGAGAAGGCGGAGCCCUCGUCCAAACAGAUGAGGCUUCAAGAGCCUGACACCGAGGCUCCUCCCCUUGAAGACCUACUGGCUCCACCCCCUGAGCCGACAGACAGGGGUGCACAACAACAGAAGAAGAAGAAGAAGAAGAAGGAUGGCGUGGCGGAGGCAGGAAGGAGCAGCAUCAGGACUUCCUCUCUGUUCAAACACAACCCAGAUAUUCCUGAGAUCCUCAGUUCGACUGUUUCUCAGCUGAAGGAGAAAAUUUUCACUAGUGACUCGUUUUCAGAGCUUGAACUGCACCCCCACCUGGUGGCGACAUUGAACAAAGACCUGAAUGUUUCUACACUGACAAGUGUUCAGAAACAGACAAUCCCAGUUCUGCUGUCGGGGCGAGACGCGGUGGUUCGAUCCCAGACGGGGUCAGGUAAAACGCUGUCGUACGCCGUCCCCCUGGUCCACAGUCUUCAGCUGGUGCGGCCCAAGGUCAGCAGGUCAGACGGUCCGAUGGCCGUCGUCAUCGUCCCCACGAGAGAGCUCGCCCAGCAGACGCUGCAGAUCUUCCAGAAACUUCUGAAGCCGUUCACCUGGAUUGUCCCCGGUGUUCUGAUGGGAGGAGAGAAGAGGAAAUCAGAGAAGGCCCGGCUCCGUAAAGGAAUCAACGUCCUGGUCUCGACUCCUGGACGCCUGGUGGAUCAUAUCAGAAACACCCUGAGCAUCGUGUUCAGCUCGGUGCGCUGGCUGAUCCUGGACGAGGCCGACAGGACGUUGGAUCUGGGCUUUGAGAAGGACGUGACCGUCAUCUUGAACAGUCUGAACUCUACAGGACCGAGCAGGCAGAACGUCCUGCUGUCUGCGACACUCUCACAUGGUGUGACGCACCUGGCUGAUGUUUGUCUCAACGACCCUGUCAGCAUCCACGUGUCAGGCCCCGCCUCCUCUGAGCUCACCACCAUCAACACUGGAACCUCUGACCCCAGCCCAGCCAGCCAAUCAGAGAGCUUCGCACUGCCCGAGGCCUUGCAGCAGUUUGUUGUGGUGGUUCCCAGUAAGAUCCGACUGGUGUGUCUGGCUGCAUUCAUAAUGAACAAAUGUCAGUUUUCUCAGAACAACAAACUCAUCGUCUUUGCCUCGAGCUGCGAGGUCGUGGACUUCCUCCACCGGCUCUUCACCUCCGUCCUCUCUGGGCCCUCGGCCAAUAAGAGGCCUCCGCUCAGCUUCCUGCGUCUCCACGGCAACUUGAAGCAGGAGGAACGUUCUGAGGUCUUCCAGCAGUUCUCACUGUCGAAGUCCGGAGUUCUGCUGUGUACGGAUGUAGCAGCCAGAGGUCUGGAUCUUCCUCAGGUCACUUGGAUUGUUCAGUUCACUCCUCCGUCAGCGGCGGCGGAGUACGUCCACCGUGUCGGCCGCACGGCUCGGAUAGGAGGACAAGGAAGUAGCCUCCUCUUCCUCACCCCUGCCGAGACCGCAUUCAUCGAUGAGCUGGCCAAUCACAACAUCAGCCUAUCAGAGAUGAAGCUGCUGGACAUCCUGUCCAGUCUGAUGAUGGAUGAUGCGUACAAAGGGCGGGGCAAAUACCACAGCAAGACGUCUUCUCGAGCUCUGGAGCAGGAGAUCCGAGAGCGAGCCACGGUUCUGCAGACGCACUUCGAGAACUUUGUUCACGCAGAUGCUGAGUCGCUGCAAAACGCCAAGAAAGCUCUUCAGUCCUUCCUGCGGGCCUACACCACCUACCCCGCUCACCUCAAGCACAUCUUCCACAUCCGCUCCCUCCACCUGGGACACGCCGCCAAGAGCUUCGGCCUCCGAGACGCUCCUCAGAGUCUCUGCUCGGGGGCCCCGGGCCCCCGGAACAAGAACAAGAGACAGACGAGGAGCCCAGAGAGGAACCAGAAGAAGAAGACGGCAGGGCGUGCUGAGAGGAGGUUCGGCCCCGGUCAGAGGGACGUCCGUCAGCUGCACUCCGAGUUCUCCAGCGGUUUGGACGAACAAGACGCAAAGAAGAAGAAGAAGAGAAGGAAGACCAUUGGUCAGUCAGGAGAGGAGGAGGAGCUGGAGUGCCCAUGAGCAAGGGCCCAACCUUUACAGCUGACUCCUCAUCACCGUGACAUCAUCAACCUGAGACGGAGCGGUCAGGUGUCAACAGGAAGUCAGAGUUCACACUGAAGACAAGAGACAGUGUUUGUUUUUUAGUGUGUAACAAAGAGUGUGUCACUGCUGAGUACAGACCACAACAACAUUAACACAAUACUACACCCACACACGUCGAAAAGUCAAGGCAAAGCCUCUAUCGCCCCCUGGUGACUGACUGCGGUAUAGGUCAUAAACCUCCAUGUUAGCAGAUGGGACAUGGACCAAACUAAAAAGUAAAAGUAGAAAUUAAAUAAAUGUUUGUAAAGAUGUUUCUGUCGUUUCAGUUCUUCUCUGAUGUUUGUUCAAGUUUCUCAUCAGUUGUGUUUGAAUCAGUUAUUUGACGAGUUAAAAACCGGCGGAGACUGACUCCUGAUUGGUUGAGAACAUGAAUGGGCGGGACCUCGAUCGCCACUGCACAGACUGACUGUAAAUGACGUCAUCACAACAAAUGGCAGCGUUUGUAUCUGAGAUGUUUUAGAUGAAUUUGUGUAGAAGUGGAAACGACAACUGGUCCAGUCAUCAAAUCUUCAGACACGAUUCAACAUCAAGAGUCAAACAGAACAAGAACAGACCAGAACAUUGUGACAGAUUUUUAUUGAAAAUGUAAAAAAAAGAUUUCAUUUCAAAUGUUUGAGGAAAGUUUUUAUCAAAACAUUAAAAACGUGUUGUUCAAUG